UCAAUUGUCAAGUUACGUAAACUGGAAUUCGCCGGGGUUACGUUUUUGUCAGCAAAGGAGAUCCAAAAAUAAAUUUUCAUUAAACUAAAUAUAUUACUGAAUUAAGUUCUCCUAUUUAAACUAUGUCUCUUAUAACUAGGAAUGUGUUUCGUACUUUAGUACAGGGUUCUCAACAUGUUUCCAAGGGCCUUCACACUACUGCGGUAAAUCCUGACAAAAACGUAUGUUUCGCACCUCAAUCUAUCAGCACCUUGCAAGCAAGCAAGGAAGGUCACAUAAAAUGUACGCUCAUCCCUGGUGAUGGAGUGGGUCCCGAGCUGGUUUACUCUGUUCAAGAAGUUUUCAAGGCAGCAAACAUUCCCGUGGACUUUGAAUCUUUCUUCUUCUCAGAAGUGAACCCAACAUUGAGUGCUCCCCUUGAAGAUGUCGUCAACUCUAUUGCUAAUAACAAGAUUUGUAUUAAGGGAAUCCUGGCAACCCCGGACUUCUCCCACACAGGAGAAUUACAGACCCUAAACAUGAAGCUACGUAAUGCAUUGGACCUUUACGCUAACGUGGUGCAUGUUAAGUCUCUGCCUAAUGUUUCCUCCAGGCACAAAGAUGUCGACUGCAUCAUCAUCAGAGAGCAGACUGAGGGAGAAUAUUCAGCCCUGGAGCACGAAUCUGUCCCUGGCGUGGUCGAAUGUCUGAAAAUCAUAACUGCGUCUAAAUCGGAGCGUAUAGCCAAGUUCGCGUUUGACUACGCUGUGAAGAUGGGACGUAAGAAGGUCACCGCCGUACACAAAGCUAACAUCAUGAAACUGGGCGAUGGACUGUUUUUGCGCAGCUGUGAGGAGAUCGCAAAACUUUACCCCCGCAUCCAAUUCGAAAAGAUGAUUGUCGACAACUGCACCAUGCAAAUGGUCUCUAACCCCAACCAGUUUGAUGUGAUGCUAACACCGAACUUGUAUGGCAACAUCGUAGAUAAUCUCGCCAGUGGACUUGUAGGGGGCGCUGGUGUCGUCGCUGGAGCCUCUUACAGCGCCGAGUGUGCUGUCUUUGAGCAGGGUGCUCGUCAUAUAUUCUCCGGUGCAGUGGGCAAGAAUAUCGCAAAUCCUACUGCAAUGUUGCUGUGUUCGGCCAAUCUCUUAGCGCACGUCAAUCUUCACUCCUACUCCAAAAUGAUCAAGGGUGCCAUUAACAAGGUGCUAUCUGAUGGCAAAGUGCGAACCAAAGACCUCGGCGGUCAAUCUACCACCAAAGCCUUCACUAACGCUAUUAUUCAUUGCCUAACAUAAACACCUAACACACACACACAUCCCUUUACCAUAAACCAUUUUAGAUCUUCAGAUGUCUUUACCAGUACAAACUUGACAAUUUACAUAAAUGACAGUUGGUUAAAUGUCACAGAUCCUGUCACUUCCAUAAUAAUACAUAGUGUGUUUUUGUUACUUAAUAUCAUGAAAAAAUCUAAUAUCGAUCGGGUGGUAAAUGCCCUUUUUAUUAUUAAAGAUUGUACAUUAACUUUAUUCAAAUAAAUAGAUGUCAUUAUAAUCCAGGUUUAAGAGCGCUAUAAACGAGUUUGAGCUACAUACAUUUGUUAAACAUAUUAUAUAUGGGACAAUUGACCAUGAAAAUUAACUAUUAUAAUGAAUUAAAUAGCUAUAAUAAUAGUAAAAAUAUUGAAUCAUAUUGAACUCGAGUAAAGUCUCUAGAUUAAGUAUAAUUUAUUUUAUUUGUAUUUAUGAUCUGUGGUUUUGUAGUUACAGUAUUAUGUCAAUAUUUGUUACCAGUGUAAAUAAAAUUAAUAAAAUUGA